UGAUCGCAAAUCAUCGCAAUUCGACACACAACGUCUCAGGUUUUCUUGUUUCACCUUGUCAGUUCGCAAUCUACCACCGCCAAGAUACGCCAACCCAUGCAGCUCAAGCCCUUGCUUCAAGUCGCAGCGCUGCUGUCGGCGCUGACGCUGUCGCUGUCUCCCGUCACCGCUAAGGACUCUACAGACGCCAAGUGGCUUUGGGAGAACGAGGCCGAGGCUUUUGUGCGCUCGACUCGCAACCACGUCGCCUUCUUCGAAGACUUCCGUCCGAAUGACGAGAACCAAACGUGCUCCAGUGACAAGCACGCCACUCCUUUUAACCGGCAAGUGCGCGGUGUUAAUCUGGGUGGUUGGCUCGUAUUGGAGCCGUACAUCACUCCCUCGCUCUUCUACCAGUUCCUUAGCACGCAGGAGCACUACGGUGAUCAGGCCCCUGAGAAGACCGCCAUGGAUACAUAUACCUUCUGCACUGCGCUGGGCGACGAAGAAGCCAACCGCCAGUUGCGUAUCCACUGGGCCACGUGGGUCACUGAAGACGACAUGAAAGAACUGGCCGAGACCGGUAUCAACUCGGUGCGCAUACCAGUGGGAGACUGGAUGUUCAAUCCAUACGAGCCUUACAUCGGCUGCACGGACGGCGCCGUCAAGGAGCUGGACCGCGUGAUUGAAUUGGCCUACAAGUACAAUAUUGAGGUUCUCCUGGACAUCCACGGCCUCAUCGGUUCCCAGAACGGAUUCGACAAUAGCGGCAUGACGGCGGGUGUCAAGUGGACGUCUAUCGGCAGUACGCAACCCGUUGGCACCACGACGUUCGAGCACUGGCCGCUGCGUUCGGCUGGCUGGGCCGGCGACUUUAAUCUGAGCACCAACUCGUACAAUUCUCUUAACUAUGAGAACUUGAACCACUCGCUACACACCGUGACGACGCUGGUGGAACGUUAUGCCGAACACCCGGCCAUUAUCGGUCUGGAGCCUGUCAAUGAGCCGUGGGAACUCACGCCCAUUGACAUGUUGAAAGACUACUACUGGAGAUCCUACAAGCGCGUCAAGGCGCGUGCCCCGCACUGGAAGUUCGUGCUGCACGACUCGUUCCGCUUUGGCGUCCAGUACUGGUCGCAAUUCAUGCGCGGAUGCCCCGAUAUCGCUCUGGACACGCACAUUUACCAGGCCUGGAACAAUCCGGGCACUAAAGCGGACUUCUUCGCCAAUGCCUGUCAACAGAAGUAUACGAUCGCGGACAUGGAGAACGAGCGGAUGCCUGUGAUCGUCGGAGAGUGGUCACUGGCCACUGACAACUGCCAAAUGUGGCUCAAUGGCUUCAACGACAACCUGCCAGGCUUCCCCAAGGUGGAAUGUCGCCAAACGCCAUGCCCUGUGCACAGUAAUUACCUCGGAAUGGGUUUCCCCGGUACCCCAUUGGACGUCACCAAGCCAAUUCAAGGUCCUUACGGCACUGGUCAGUCCGGUCCGUCCUUUGGUAAAUGCCCCAUUACAAGCAACACGUCGUUUGGCCAGCAAAAUGAACAAGAAGAGCGUGAAUUCGCUCGUACUCUGAACCUCAAGAAGCUCAACGCCUUCGCUGUUGGUCACGGCUGGUACUUUUGGAACUUUAAGACGGAGUUUGGCUCGCGUUGGAACUUCCUUGACCUCGUCCGCAAGGGAGCGUUUCCCAAGAACGUGUCCAAUUAUCACCGUAAUGAGGAGGUAUUUACUGCUUGUUUGGCGGAAGACAAGGGCUCGUUCAAGUGUGCUGCCAAGCGUGGAGUGCAGCCUAUUGAUCUCUCCAACGGCCUGGACUUCGCUUGUGGGAAUCCUGACAAGAAGGUGGACUGCACGGGCUUGGAGAACCGCUUCGACACGCUCGAGGAACGCUGUGACUGGGCGUUUAACGAGUACUGGCACACGCACAGAAAGGAGGGCGCGACGUGCGAUUUUGGUGGUGCCGCUCACCUGCUUGCUGCCUCCAGACCGUCACGUGUGAAGCGCCAGGAAGCUCUCGUCACUCCCAUCGGCAAUCUGAUUCUCAUGUGGUGUCUUGGCAUCGCUGGUCUCUUUGCUGGUGUCUUUGUGCUUGUCACGCUGUACACGCGUUACCAGAGACAACGUGAGUACUCGCCCAUCCAAGAUGAGAAUGUUUAAGGCGCAAAUGCUUUGCUGUCAUCAGUUGGCUUCGAUAAUACAUUUGACAGCAGAGAAAAACUUCCUGAAAAUAUGGAUAAAUGAAAUAUCCAUUUUCCACCGUCUAGUGUGGAAUCUGUUGCUGUUGGAAGAGUUGCUGGGCUUGUUCACUGUCUGUUGCUUGCAGAGGUUUCUUGUCAGGUCGAUAGCGAAUGAAGCGCGGAAAUCGAAGUGCUAGACCUUUUCGAGGCGUGGUUGCUAUGCCAGCACCGCAAGCGUAUGAUGGGGAUUCUGUCAGUUGCGUGGCUUUGAUCUCCCAAACUUCCUCCGGUGCGAGCCAAACAUCAGGAUGGCGACUUCGAAUCGCAAUGCAUUGGUACUGUUCUGGCACUUGAUCUGUCUCGGGCAGGGCUUGGUUCUGAAGACGUGCUGCUACCUCAGAUAGUUGGGCAUCCGAGAAUCCCGUGCCAACCUUUCCGAUCGUCUACAUCAAAGAAAACCAAUUAGUCCUGUAGGUGUACGCCUCAGCGUUGAGCAUGAUUACCUCGAAUUUGCCGCUGACUGAGUUGUACGUCGCCAUGAGAAAAGAUCCGAACACUCCCGCACGCCGACCUUUACCGUAAAACGCACCGAUAGGGACCAGAUCCAGCGUGUCUGCGAGGAAGUUGCCAUUUCCACUAGCGCUCGCAGUUGACUUCUUUUUCGAUGAAGUCCUUGUGGUCGAUUCAUCCGACAAGUAAUCGUGUUUGAGCUUCAUCCACGAGUAUGAUCGUCUGCCAGCUUUAUACUCAGACUCUUCGUCAUCCAGUGCCUUGAUCAUUAAACCUUCGCAGCCGCUUGCCACAGCUUGUUCAAGACAGUUGCGAACAACUGCAGCUUCUUUAUCAUCUUCACUAUACGUAGACAUCGCAUUAUUGGAUGUCAAACUGAUGUCGACAUGCUUCACAAACUCGACGUAUCCAGGCUCCUCCUCAAUCAGAAUUUGUAGCAAGGCUCGUCGUUUGCGAAGCGGUUUCUACACCGCAGGAAACAGCAAAACAGAGCGCGUUAGAUCACCUAGGACCCUAUUCCAAACCAGAAUUUUACCAUAUAAGCCUACAUGU